CCUGAAGUCCUUCAGUCAUAAUCUCACUGACGUUUAGACAUAACACAAGCACAGUUCAUCAAGAGCAAGAAGACAAUGAAGACUAUUGCAGCUUUUGUUCUUCUCGCCUGCCUGAUCGCUGUAGGGGUAAAAGGACAGGACAGGUCUUCAAAGGGCAGGUGCUUGUGUGCAGACAAAGGUGCAAACAUGGUUUUAGUGAGGAAUAUUGAAAAAGUUGAAAUCAUCCCUCCAAGUCCAUCUUGUAGCCAACAUGAGAUUAUUGUGACUCUGAAGAACGGUGCAGGACGGAAAUGCAUGAAUCCAGAGUCAAAAUUCACUAAAAAUGUCAUCAUAAAAGCUAUUGAAAAGAGGAGCCAGUAGACUGUGCCACACUGUACAACUGUCUCUGUGCCUCUGAAGAACACCAUGACAUCAUCAUAAGCACCAACUUCCUUCAAAUGACAUCACUGACUUAAGAUUAGUCUUAAUAUUUUGCCUAAUAAGUAAUAUUUUCUAAUGUCUAAGCUGAUUCAAUUAUUUUUAUGUGACCACUGGGUAUGUGACCACUGGGUAAUUCAAUUAUUUUUAUGUGACCACUGGGUAAACAUAUUUUAAUAAAACCACUGAACAAUGUGUCAUAUGUACAGUCUUUUUAUAAUUUGUUGUAUGAUUGUAUUUUCAUUGUCCACAAAGUUGUGUCAAAUAAAGCUUUAUUUAUAUGAA